AUGUUGUGAGCGGAGCCGGCUGGAGCCGGGGGUCAGACUAGAUGGCCCAGGAGGUCCCUUCUGGCUUGCUCUGUUUCUAUGAUCUUCUCAGCUCAUGGGUUGCUUAGCUCAGCCUAUCUGACAGCUGUGGUGAGGAUAAAACGGGAAAUCUGGAGAAUGACGUCCCUCCAGCUCAGAGUAUGUUGAUGAUUGUGAUUAUUUGUGGGCAGUACUCAGCAAGGAUAAGACCUCAUGAUUCCCUGCCUCAAGUGUUUAUUUGAUCUAAAGGGGAAAAGUUUGCAUGGUUGAUUGUUUAUUUUCCCCAAAGCACAUGUUGAGUUUCUGGCCUAGAGGCCCUCUCUCCUUUUUGUAACUAAACAUCAUUGGAGCUCACAGUUAAGGAUAGGUUUCCCUCUCCACUUUUCAUGUGCUGGAUCCACCCUGCAUUGAAAUUCCUUCCAGUGUUUUUCCAUGAGGCUUUAGCAUUGUUUCAGACCCUUCACCUUGGGAGUAUUCUGACCUGCCAUCAGCUGCCCAAUUUCAAACUAGAGCCCUUGUCUUAGCAGCAGCAGCAGCGGCAACCACCACCAACCCAAAAAGACACAAAACAAAAAAACAACACCAGAGCCCUGCUUUACUCAUGUUCCUGUUUUGGCUGGUUUUGUAAGAAGCUGGGAGUCUCUGUUGUGUGUGUGCACGCGCGCACGUGUGUCAGAUCUAAGAAUUGUGCUUCAGACUGCAAGAUGCUGCAGUGUUUAAAAUAGCACAAUUUCCUGGUGUCGAACCCCAGAGAAAUGCAGGAUGGAGGCCUUGCUUUGUGCUACUGGAGGGGGUGGAGUGGCACAGGACGGAAUUCGGCUCGGCCGGUGGGCGGCUGACCAAACAGAUGCACUUGUGUUUCUGGUACUGGCCAUAGGGGCGCAUGCGUCUUCCCGUUCCCUGCCUUGCCUGUGUGCAGUUGGGUUCUCCUUUUCCUCCUGUGCACACUCUUAAAAAAACCCUUGCACACUGCAGAGGGUGUGACGUAACUUGUGGUCUGGGUGCGAGGGAGGCAGUGAGGCCCUGGAAAGGGGGGGGGCUGGUGCAGUCGCUGUUAUGUAACCGCCGCUUGCUUUCUGCAAUGUUCUUGUGCUUUUGCCGGGGAGAAUGCAAGGAAGGGGGAGAUCUUGGAACUGCCUUUUAAUGACGCGCGAGGGAUCAAAAACCGGCCAGGUGCAUGGCAAAGCAGAGGGGAAUAAAAGGGCCAGAAUCCCUUCGACCUGGAGUUCUCCCAAGCAAACCUGGAGCCCGUCUUUAAUUUUGAAUGCCCUCCUAGACCUGAUAUGCCUUCAAGUCAACCCAUUGAUAUUCCUAAUGCCAAGAAAAGAAACAAGAAGAAAAAACGCUGUCGGGCCACAGAUAGCUUUACGGGUAGAUUUGAAGAUGUUUACCUGCUUCAAGAAGAGGUCCUUGGAGAAGGAGCCCAUGCAAAAGUACAAGCCUGCGUCAACCUCAUUACCAACAAGGAGUAUGCAGUGAAGAUAAUUGAAAAAAGUCUUGGACACAUCCGAAGCCGGGUCUUUCGAGAAGUUGAGAUGCUCUAUCAGUGCCAAGGACACAGAAAUAUCCUGGAGCUAAUAGAGUUCUUUGAAGAGGAGGACCGAUUCUACCUCGUGUUUGAGAAGAUGAGGGGAGGUUCCAUCUUAACCCACAUCCAUCGCCGGCGCCAUUUCAAUGAGCUGGAAGCUAGCAAGGUGGUGCGCGAUAUCGCCAGUGCCCUUAAUUACUUGCACAACAAAGGAAUAGCACAUCGAGAUUUAAAACCAGAAAAUAUUCUCUGUGAGAGUUCCAGUCAGGUUUCCCCUGUGAAAAUAUGUGACUUUGAUUUGGGAAGUGGAAUCAAGCUGAAUGGUGAUUAUUCUCCCAUCUCCACCCCUGAGUUGCUGACUCCGUGUGGUUCAGCGGAAUACAUGGCCCCGGAGGUUGUGGAGGCGUUUAAUGAAGAGGCCUCCAUCUAUGACAAGCGCUGUGACCUGUGGAGCUUGGGGGUCAUCCUGUACAUCAUGCUGAGUGGCUACCCCCCAUUUGUGGGGCACUGUGGAACUGACUGCGGUUGGGACCGUGGGGAAGCAUGUCCAGCCUGCCAGAACAUGUUGUUUGAAAGCAUCCAGGAGGGGAAGUAUGAAUUCCCGGACAAAGACUGGGCUCAGAUCUCUUUUGAAGCUAAAGACCUCAUUUCCAAGCUCCUUGUGAGAGAUGCCAAGAAGCGCCUGAGCGCAGCUGAAGUCCUCAAGCAUCCCUGGGUACAAGGGUUUGCUCGGGAUAAUACUCUUCCAGCUCCAAUCAUUCUACAAAGGAACAGCAGUGCCAAAGAGCUGACAUCAUUUGCUGCUGAAGCCAUUGCGAUCAACCGUCAGCUGCGACAUGACAAGGAGGAUGCGUCCGAGAGCUUGCCCUUCAUCAUCAAAACUACCUCUUGCUCCAUCCAGCUGUCUCCACCUUUCGAGUCCAAAUUGGCCAAGCGACGCCAGAAAAGCAGUAUAGCAAAAACUGAUGGCAUGCAACGCCGGGUGGCUCCAGUGGUCCUCUUGAGAGAUCCUAUGUGAAUUCCUCUUCUUAUACACACCCACUUUCUCUUCCCUUCUUCCCUUUUUACUUCUCCCCAUUUUGUGCAUUUGGGACAAAAUAAAAAUACUGUUUGAAUAGCUAGAAAAACAAGAUCAGAAUCUUCUCAAGUUGGCUGGCUUCCAAGGAUUUUUUUUUUCCUGAUCUUGUUUUUUGGCUGGCUUUCCCUUUCUCCCCUCUCCUUCUCUGCUUUCCUGAAUUAAAAACAGGUAUUUUAGACUUUCUUGCAUCACCUCCCCUCAUACAGGUGAAUUUUAAUACAUUUGUAAUACAGAAGUUUUGCUUUAAAAACAAAGAAUUGCCAUCAGAUUUUUCUUCCAUUCCCCCAAAGAUUCCAAGUUGAUCUCCAUGUCUCCGCUGAAGGACAGCUCAAAUAACUGGCUACUGUUUUUUUAUUAUUAUUAUUUUAUUUUUCUGUCCUCUUUCCAUACUGUGAAAAAUGGGGAAUAGCCCUCCUGUUUGAAGUCCUCAGCUUUUAAAGGUAGCAUUCUAAUGUUUGGGUAUUCUCUCUUUUUUCUUUUGUUUUUUACAUGGUAGUUUGCUCUUGGUUUCUCUUCCCUUUUUUUUCUUUUUAAAGAAUCUGUUGUAUACAUGCAAAUUCUGAGACUGAAAACUGUUGUGCAGGUCAGCGGUGGCUGGAGAUUUGCUUGACCCGUUUCUUCUUCCAGAAAGUACUGGGGUGCUGAUGGUAUAGGGGAUGUGAUUCAAGGCCACGUAUAUUUCCCAUUUUCGCCUGCACAGGAUCAUUUCUAAGACUGGAUUCUUUAAGUGACAAGCUGUCAGGGCGGGGAGGUUUCUGGGUACCCGUGGGAUUAAAAAGAAGAAACAGCAGCAGCCCUGGAGCCCCUCUCCACAAUUUCAAGGAAUUUUUUUGGAAAUUUAUUUAUUGGAGCUGUUGUUUUUUUGUUUUUAUUUUUUUUCCAAAAGGGCCCAGCUAAAUCUCUUCCAGGCGAAAAUGGGAAAUGGAAGUGCUCCUUGUUUUAAGAAUAAAUGAUAUGAUGUAGGGUUCCCCCUAAUUUUUGCAGAGGUGGGGGCAAUAAGGUACAAUACAAUUGAUUGUUUCUUGUUGUCCUAGGAAACCUGAGUUGUCUUUUCUUAAAAAAAAAAAAAACAGGGAAAAGUUACCUCAAGGUUAAGCAAACCCAUGUUCUUUGCAGCACUUAAAAAAAGGCAAGCCAUGUGAUAGCUAGUAAAUUUUGAAAGUGACUGGUUUAAGAAAAUAAACAUCAGGGGAAGAGCUUUUGGGGCCCUCCUGAUCUUUUGAUGAUAAUCCUCAGAAAAAGAAAAGACAACUUCAACUUCUCCUACAGUUGUGUGUUCAAAACAAAUGGGGUGGUGAGUCCCUUAAAACAGAGAAAGCGGGACUUGCAGAGAUAACCUCCUACAGCAUUUGGGUCUUUAUACUUGGGUUCUGCAUGGCUUGGACUUUGUCAGAAACCAGUGAAAUGGUUGUCUACUACAGAGAGCUGAGUGGCAGUGGGCCUUUACUUGCUCUCCCGCAGUCCUUGCAAAAUUUCAGCUCCCACAGUGAGGGCAUUUCUCUGUGUAAGUGAAAGAGAAAGAGGUGGAAGCUCCAAAUUUGAAGUUAAAUGUGAAAGCUUGUGGAAGUUUCUGGGGUGGUGCAUUUACAGAGAUACACAUCAGAAAUUUGCUUUUUUGAGGGUGAAAAGAACUAAGAAAACACCAGCGGAUUGGGUGCAUCUGGCAAUCUUGGGGUGACAAACGCAUGAGUUCCUCGACAAUCCAGGAGCAGUGCUAUUUGCGUUCUUCUGAAUGCUGAUUUUCGAUGCAAUUGAAGGCAAGAUUUGCAAGACUGGAAAGUAAACAGCUGCUCUCCUCUUUCCCUUUGGAUUUUGGAAAUAGUGCAAAAAAGCCUCAGAGAAAUGUGGAUUAGGCUCAGAUGACUAGGUAGACUGGCUGAAAUCAUUUGGACACGUUGGUUAUAUGUUCACUGAUUUUAGUGGGUCUGCUGUCAGUGUGAUUCUGGAUCUAACUCCCCUGCCCCUGUGCAUUCUUACUCCUGGUUUGAAACCUGUAAUGACAUAGUUACCACAAUGCUUUUUCCACCCCAGCAAAAGCUGAUCAAGUGAUAAGGGGCUAAGGGGGGGCGGGGGGCUUAGCUUGCUUCUCCCAUUUAAAGCCUGGGCCGUGCCAGGACAUGAUGACUACUUUCGGGGUUCCUUAAUCCCCUCCUCCCUGAUGUUUGGCAGCUGCCAUCUUAAUUCCCCGUAAAGCCCUGCAGGGCUGCUGUGUUGGGAGCAUCAUGGGAAAUUAAAAUGGCAGCCCACAAUACAGAUCUGUAUGCACAGUCCACUUAUGGGAAGUGCAUCCCUUUUAGAGACUGCUUUGCUUCGCUUCGCUCUGUUCUGCUUUGCUUCGCUUUGCAUAUGUUUGCACACCCACAGCCUGACUCUGGCCACUUGGUGGAGAGGCAGAGUUGUAUGCCGAGCCUUUCAGCCACUUCCCAAGAGCAGCAGGUGCUGGGACCCAAAAGUCACUAGUGUGUUUCCUGAAAAUGCUGGGCUACGUACAGGGAGAAAAAGGCCGUUGCGCACAAACCACAAAAGUUACUGUACCACAAAAGUUGUUGGCAUGUGGCAGUCGGCAGCUAUUCUGGGGUUUUAUCCUGCCCUGCUUACACAAAUGCCCGAUCUCCUCAUUGCCUGUUCAAGAGUGUGGCCCAGGCUGUACGGUUAUUGCAUUUCCAAAGCAACGAAUCAGGUCAGGGUGUCUGACAGAAAGUCCGGUAAACAGGAUAGGAGCCUAAAUACCAGCUUGUUUCAACAAAGUCCAACAGCACUGAUAACAACGCUUGUUUGCAAUACAGAGCAACUCCACCUGGACUAAUUUAUGGCCAGCUUUAACUCUGCACAGCCGGCUAAUUAGGCCAGAGUGUUGCUUUUUGGACAACUUCCCCUUCAGCGUGCCCAAAUUUCUGUUGAAGCCAUGCCCUGCUCCUUUCCUUCUGGCUCUGGCUCUUGGGGAACCACAGGGGGUCUCCCAGCAUCUCUCCUCUAAUGGGGGGCGGUCACCUGCAGCCAUGGCCCCUGUAGCUAACCAUGACUGGCGCUCGCCGCCCUGGCUUUCCUCGGCUGAGGAUUCCUCCUCCAGGUAGAACAUGACAUAUAAAUGCAGUGCCUUUGAUAAUGGGAGGGCUGGAGAUGCUUGGAAAGGUGCCGGUUACUACCAGGAUGAUGCGGCCCAGUUGGAAGCCUAGCUUUCCCCCACCCAGCACUCCAAAAAGAAGCUUUUUCCAGCUGGCAUCAACUGGGGCUACUGGGAGCUGUAGUCCAAGAGAUCUGGAAGGCAUUGGGUUAGGAUUGGUUGUGAAGUGCUUGUUCCGUAGAAUUUUUAGCUCUCUGCUUGCCUCCCUCAAAUGGCUUAAAACUGGAUGGAUAGCAGCUUUUUAAGAAUUAAGAACAGAAUUUUGUACUGUCAAGUUUCUUCUGUACUAUUUUACUUUCAUACUGUCCCUCUUUAGGCAAAACGACAGGUAGGCCUGCAUAUUCAUGUGUGAUCAAGUCCUGUUGAAUACUUGUCAGCCUUGCUUCUGAGAAAGCAGGAUUGGGGCAACCUCCAGAUUGGGUAGAUGGGCAAGAAUGAAAUCACCCUGGAUUGGAUAGGAUGUUUCACUGGAUUUUUUGGGCUUACAUCUGAGUAAACAUGGAGGGGGCGGCAUUGCUAUUUCAGCCCUGGAGGGCAAGGGGAGAGAAGCUUUGGGUACUUCAAAAGGAUUAGGAAGGUGACUUUGAAACUUAGGGAAUUAUAGCUCAUGGGGUGUUGAGCUUAAUUUGGUUGGUCUGAAGAUUGCCAGGUCUGGGGAGAGAGCUCUGAAACAUCAGCUCUUAAGACGCCCACUUUCAGAUUCUCCGAACUACCUGUUCUUCAUUUCCAAGCCCCCAGGUUGUUUUUGUCUUGUGACAAGAGUCCGUCCAAAGAAUAACCUUCUCAAAUUCCAUUCAAAUCCAAAUUUGCAAACAUCAACUCUGGUUGUUGGAAGUCUUGUGCUCAUGUGUCUUAAAUGAUGCUUUUCUCAGAAUAUUUUUAAAGAAGGCUGACAAUACUAUGCAAUAGGUGUUAAGGAUUUUUUUUAAUAUUUUCGGUGGGGUUGAAGUAGGUGCCAGAAAAUACAUUUUUCUGGUACCCAACUACUGGAUUACAAAUGGUUUUUGAGAAGUGAACUGAAAUAGCUUGACUUACACCUCCUUUUCUACUUUAGGGAAUCCCCCCCUAGAUUCUUGUGCCCCAUUGUUUAUUGUUCUUUGAGGUGUGGGGGAACAGGUUGAAUCAUGGGGUGCACAACAUAUUGGGUAAUGGGAGCACCUCAAAUCCAAGCAAACUGUGAUAUCAGAUAAAGCAGUGUGUUGUCUUUUAAGGGAAAAUAAUAUAUGUUUUUAAAAAUAUAAUGCAUUUUGUUAUUCAUUGCAGAUCUUAGUCUUAAAUCUUUGACCCUCGAGUGCAUGAAUGCCAUUUUGCUGUGAAAGAGAUCCAGACACUACAAGUUAGAGCUUUAUACAUGUUUUAGGGGAAUGUGUUUAAAUGUUUCCUGCCAAGCCGUGAAGGCCACUCUUGUUGGCAUCUGGGACAGAACAUCUUGGGACAUCUGGGUUACUUUGCUGGAAAACUGGGAGACUUUCUCUGGCCUAGCCCCCAACAUAUUUUAAAUCUGUAGAGAAAACUGUCUCGUGUCUUGGCAGUCCCAAAGCGUGGGCCUACCAUCCCCGGAGUGCCAUGACUGAGACCCAUGAUGUUUAAAACAGGUUCUGAAAUUAAUUAGAAAUAUUAUGUUACAGACAAAUGAUCAGUUUCUUGCUUUGAAAAGGACCUGAGGUGGAAAGGGAAGCACCCAGUUGCCCUUGUUCUUAAAAACAGGACGUUUCAAAAAUUGCAGGUAGAGAAGCUGUUUUGUUUUUGAAAGUAUAUCCUGGACCGGCUGGAAGUCAUCCAUAAUCCACAGGGCCCUCUGGCAUCCCUGGAUGUAGUGACUAAGCAGCGCUUCCUUAGAUGUCUCUAUGUGAUUCUCUGCAUCCUUUGCGUUUACCAUCCUGUUUUGAAGAAGGGGUUCACCUUCUUGUCUUUCCCAGUUUUAUAAUUUAAAGGGCCAAAAACUCAGUGAUUUCUGAACGUUUUUACGACAUGCACAAAUUGCUUUGGAAACCUUGUGAGCCACAAAUGGCUUGUGGGGUUCAGCAUCCGCACAGAUAUUCCUGACAAGAAUUUGCAUCCCAUUCUUCAAAUACGGAUUGUUCUCAGGAUUGUUGCAGCCUGUGAAAGAUUCCUCAGCGAUCCCAUUUUGCCUUCUCUCUCUUUGACUUAGUGCACAAUAUUUAAAAACAAAAACAAAAAAUGCCAUCAACCAGCAUUACUCAAGUUCAUUAAUAAUCUAGUCUUCCCUUGUAGUUCCUUCCUUCUACAUUGGUUCUCUUAGCAUGCCUCUCCUCUCCGCACAAAUUAGUGUGUGGGUUUUUACUUCUUUAUUGGGUGUGCAUGGACACUUGUGUCACGGUGGCGGCCCAAGAAACAAACUGGAAUCUAGAAAAAAACAGCUCAGCACUGUUGGAUUUGUUUGUUUGCAGAGGAAAUGGGGAAAACCAAAAUAAUGAGCCCGUGAGGAUGCAUUGCCAAGUUCAAUCUUCCAGGGAGGUGAUAGUUUCGCAUCAUUCUGUGGAAUGGCUGCAGCGUCACCAAAACUGGACUUGCCUUGUUUCUACCCAGGUUUUGACGGGAUGGCGAUGGAAAAACGGUGAUGGUUUUGUUUGAGGCUUGGUGGUGUUUUUUGUUUUGUUGUUCUUUCGAGACUGCUGUUCAAAUGGCACAACCUGCUGCCUUGUUCUUGCAUUGCAAGAGUAGCUCAGGGUCCUUUCUUGACCGGGGACUGACUUUGUAACGUGAAGGUAUGUUGCAGCUCAGAUUUCGGGGGAAGCUUGUUGGGUGCAUCUGUGCGCUGAGGCCAAGGCGGUGCUCAGGGGCCACGGCUUGGGCCCUCACCAUCUUUGGGUGGCCUCUUGCACUCAUUGUGGUGUCGUCUGCCACACACCACAAAAAUGCAGCUAAGCCCGAAAUGGGUCUACUCUAUUUCAUGAUAUGAUUUGUUCUGAUGUUCUGAACGUGGGGCAGGGGGCGAACAAAGGACACCCAAUUUUCUAUGGGUGACUUAACAGCUUGGCUAAUAAAUCCCAUUGAAAACUUAGGGAUGUGUCAGAACUGUCUCCAUUUGUUUCAAUGGGACUUGGCCUAGACUUGGAUGGCUACCUUUGCCAUAUUUAGCCUUUCAGGAUAGGCAUCUGUGUUUUUAAGCCUGUUUCCAGGUUGCUUUCUGCCCCUAGACUUUCUCCUUUUUUAAUUUCCCUAACUGUGCACCUUUUUGUAUGUGUGACCAAAAUUGGUGGUGGUUAGAUUUCUGCCUUCUCCAUUCAGAGAUGAAGCAUGCAUUUUUGGGAGGGGUGGGGAGAGACAGAAUUCCUUCCUCUCCAGGGAAGUUGAAAUGAAAAGAUGAAGACUCACUCUUGACCUAGCUUUAAAUCCCAAAGAGUUUUGGGGAAUGGGGCAAGAGUAGCAAAUUUUCCACUUGAGCACUUCAAUCAAAGCCCUUGUCCCCACAAUUCCACUAAUUUGGAAGGUUAGAAGAAUUAAGCUGAGUUUAAAGUUACUAGUCCUCAUGGGCCUCACUCUCUGAAGGAGGCAGAAAAUCUGCUUCUUUCACAACCUCUGAACCAAGAAUCUUUGCUUUCCACAUAUUUAUGCUCUGGUUUAGUAUUAUUUCUACCCCACCUUAUUCUUUUAACAGUGCCCACUUACUUGCCAAAGUGUUUCUUUCUCUCUCCUCUCAUAUUUUCUAUGUAAAAUCUUUUUUUUUUCCUUAAAAAGUGUUGUUUUGUACCUCCAUGACUUUAACUAGCUGCAAACUUGGGUGGGUGGGAGGAGAAAAUGUUUUGACACGUAUUUGAUUUAAUGUAUUCUCCUCAAGUCUGUUUAGAACUUAGAAACAUUUUACUGUGAAAUCUUUCUUUUCUUUUUUAUUAGAAAUAUCAAUCCGAGAAAAAUAGUAUCCUCUGAUUUCCUUUAAAAAGACUGCCAAAGGUUUUGCGUUUUGACAUGAAGUCACCCUAAAGUGCUGGGCUGGAAUCUAUAGACAUGAGAUUCUUCCAGCAGGGGACUAGUUUAAGAAUGAGAAAUAAUAAAAAGAAAAAAAUCAACAAGAGAAACAAAAAACAAGCACUUUAUUAUGUAGCAGGCAAAUCCGAUACUGCUUGUUGGAACUUUUUUUUCCUUUGUAACACCUUGUUGAUGCUGAAUUUUUUGUAUUGUUUUGUAAGAAUUUAAUAAAUGCAUUGAAACUCA